CCCCCCCCCACCCACCUAGUUAAAUGCGCAUAUUUUCUAUAUAUUACGCUAUAUUUGACAGCUUGGUUCGUCGUUUGUUGAAGACAUAAGACUACGGGUCAUUGGGAAGAUGGCGGCGCCCUUGUUACGCGGAGUAACUUUGCGGGUAGGGUCUGAAUUUCGGGUAACUUGGAUAUCACGAGGACUCAGCACUUCAGCUACAUGUUGCAGAAGGGCAGCCCCACUGGGGCCGAUGCCCAACAUGGACAUUGAUGUGAAAAACCUUGAUGACUUGGAGAAAUACCGCAGCUACACUCGCUAUCUGAAGGUGGCAGAGGAGGAGAGCAGGAAAGUUCACUGGUGGAAAACCUACAGACAAUAUCUGAGUCAGGAUAAGGAGAAGAAUGAGAGGAUUGACAUUGGCCUGCCCAACAAGCAGGCUCCCCGAAGCAAGGAAGUGAAAGAGAGGAAGAGGGUGAUGAGAGAGAACCAUAAGAACAGUGAGCUGGAGAGGGCCACGCGCCUUCGCACAUUGUCGAUACCUCUGGAUGAAGUGAAGGCUGAGUGGGAGAGAACCAGUGGUCCCUAUCAUGUACAGAAAGUGGCGGAGCAUUACGGGGUGUAUCGAGACCUGUUCCACGGCGCCACCUUCGUCCCACGGAUUGUACUGCGGGUUCAGUACAGCCUGGAUGAAGAGCACAGCCUGCCGGUGCAUCGUGGGAAUGUGGUUACCCCCUCCGAGGCCGCGUCACAACCAGAAGUAACCUUUGAGGCUGAGGAGAGUUCCUUGUGGACCCUGUUGCUCACAAACCCAGAUGGUCAUUUGAGAGACAAUGACUCGGAAUAUGUCCACUGGAUUGUUGGAAACAUUCCUGGGAAUGCAGUGCAGUCUGGAGAGCAGAUCUGUUGCUAUUUCCCACCGUUUCCAGCAAAAGGAACUGGAUACCACAGGUUUAUAUUCAUCCUAUUUAAGCAGGAGCGGCCAAUUGAUUUUACUGAGGACUGCUUACCUUCACCCUGUCACAGCUUGGAAUCCAGAACAUUUCGGACAUUUGAUUUCUACAGAAAGCACCAGGACCACAUGACUCCAGCAGGAUUGGCCUUCUUUCAGAGCCAGUGGGACGAUUCAGUCACACACACCUUUCACCAGCUGCUCAAUAUGAAGGAACCAGUGUUUGAAUAUGAUAGGCCUCCAGUGUAUCACCCUCCACAGAAGAAAUACCCACAUGGCGAGCCAGUGAGGUACCUGGACAGGUACAGGGACAGCCAGGAAACCACAUAUGGCAUCUAUUAAUCUGAGCAUGGAGCUCAGGACUGGUCUUGGGUGUUGCCCCGUGAUUCUACUGGACAUUGCUAGAUUUUCAUAUCAUAUCAUAUGGCAGUACUACAAAGUAAUAUGUUUUAGAGAAUUCCACAAGCAGUCUUUAUACAUGUUUUUAUGUGCAAUUCCAAUUGAAGAACUCUCCAGAUUAACUGAUAACUUUCAAACCCCACAUUAAUUACUGUACAAAAUGAGCUGCUCUGAUUUCAACAUCAAACUGACUCCAGUUUUGUUACAGUUUGCAAACUCACAAUUUCAAACAGCAUACAGUAAUCUCAGUGCAACAUCCAACGACCACACUACCUAAAUAAUGCAUGGUCAUUUCAAUUCCUAGCAUACUUAAGUUUCCAUCACCAGUAUCCACCUUGUCUCCCCAUUUACUUACACCUUUGCUUAAUUCAGAUAGUUUUAAUUCUCACUCUACAUAUACCACCUUUGUUGUAGUUAUAAAUAUGUGAAUAUUACAGUUUCAAUUUGAUGUGAAGUGCAGGUUCCUCAAAUGUAAAACAAAAAAUGUCAUUGGGUCGUCUAGAGUGUGGGGCCAGCACCAACCAAAACACCAAAAAUACAGAACUUACCUUAUAAGUAGAGCACUUUGUUUUCAUUUUUUAUUUUCGAUCAUGUGAUGUUUUUUUUAAAGAUAUUUUGAGCUGACUGUUUCUUAAUUAUACUCUUGGAAAAGCGUUUAUUGUGAAAAAAGAUCACUUUUGUUUUUGUUUCCCGUAACUUGAAUGAGACUAUGAUUACGUUUCAGUUAAGUUAAAUUGCUUUUCCCGGAUUUAAAAUCUUAAUGACUCCUUGCAAAAAUGCUUUAACCUGUUUUGCAAUUAAGUUUCCUCUUAAGAUUUAAUGAAAUCAUUUUAACUUCACUCGCUUUUUGCGUUCAGUUUGAAUAAAAAAAAAAAAAUAAGGAGCUGCCUUUUUUUUUUUUUUUACAUUACACUAUGUAACACAAUUUUU